GCGGGGCGCGCUCCCGCCUCUCCCGCCUGCUCCGCCGGGCGCGCCGCGGCCCCGGCACGAUGCUGCCCCUCUCCAUCAAGGACGAUGAGUAUAAACCGCCCAAGCUCAACCUGCUCAGGAAGGUGUCCGGCUGGUUCAGGUCUAUCCUGGCGGACAAGACCUCCCGGAACCUCUUCUUCUUUCUCUGCCUCAAUCUCUCCUUCGCCUUCGUGGAGCUGCUCUACGGCAUCUGGAGUAACAGUUUAGGUCUAAUAUCAGAUUCUUUUCAUAUGUUUUUUGACUGUACUGCUUUAUUGGCUGGAUUAGCAGCUUCAGUUAUUUCAAAAUGGAGAUCAAACGAUGCUUUCUCAUAUGGAUAUGUUCGAGCAGAAGUACUUGCUGGUUUUGUAAACGGUUUGUUCCUCAUCUUUACAGCAUUCUUCAUUUUUUCUGAGGGUGUUGAGAGAGCACUUGAGCCUCCUGAUGUGCAUCAUGAGAGACUUCUUCCUGUUUCUAUCCUAGGAUUCAUUGUAAAUCUUAUAGGAAUAUUUGUAUUUCAACAUGGAGGUCAUGGGCAUUCACAUGGCUCUGGGCAUGAACACAGCCAUUCUCUAUUUAAUGGGGGUCUCAGCCAUGGACACAGUCACGGAGGUCAUGGUCACAGCCAUGAACAUAAACAUGCCCAUGGACACGCUCAUGAUCAUGGGCAUAGUCAUGGACACUCUCAUGGUCAGAAUUAUUGUCAUGAUGACCACUCUCUUGAGGGGAUGGCUGGAUCCAGCAAACAGAUUUUACAAGGUGUAUUUCUACACAUUGUUGCAGACACACUCGGAAGUGUUGGUGUGAUCAUAUCUGCUAUAUUGAUGCAGAACUAUGGUCUAAUGAUAGCAGAUCCCAUUUGUUCAAUGCUUAUAGCACUACUUAUAGGUGUAAGUAUUGUUCCACUUUUGAAAGAAUCCAUUGGAAUCUUGAUGCAGCGAACGCCUCCUUCCCUGGAAAAUGUCCUGCCUCAGUGCUACCAGAGGGUUCAGCAGUUGCAAGGAGUUUACAGCUUACAUGAUCCGCAUUUCUGGACCCUCUGUACCGAUGUUUACAUAGGGACUUUGAAACUGUUAGUAGCUCCUGAUGCUGAUGGAAGGUGGAUUUUAAGCCAAACUCACAAUAUUUUUACUCAGGCAGGAGUAAGACAGCUUUACGUACAGAUUGAUGUUGCAGCCAUGUAGGGAAUUUUUGAAAUUGGACCAAAGCUUUCUGUACUGUAAUGCUGUAACAACAUACACUUCUCAAGACAGAACCUGCCUCUUCCUGUUCUGGAAUUGACUGUAUGAUUCCUGUCCUUGGGCUAUGGAUGGAGUUCACUUUUAAGGAGUAAAUAUUGAAUGAAUGUUACAGACUUUGGGUCUUGUCUUUUUGUGGCCCCUAAACUUGGAAGUUUUUGAGGGUUUUUUACUUACUAAGAUUGUGGUACUGGAAAGCCUGUCACGUCUUCAGUGAAGCUGCUGAAACCACUGCUCAUUCCCAUAAAACCAAUGUUACCAACAAUUGGAAACUUCUUUUGUAGAUAAUGUCACAAUGGCUGACAUGCUUCAAUAUAAUUGUAUGUUUGUACAAUUGUUUGUACUUUGCAAACUUAAUGAACCAAACCAUAUUGGGUUUUCAAAGUGCCUUUUAUAUCAGGAGAGGUAUUUGCCAGCAUAAAAAUGGAGUAUCAAAGGGUUUUAUUACUUUUACAAAUGUCUUGUAUGCAGUCUGAUUACGUAUUAAUGAUGUAUGUGGGGGGUUUGUGUACUUGCAUAACUGUAGAUGUUAGAGUUUCCCUAUACUUGCAUCUUACCAAACAGACAGAAAAAUUCUAAAUUUAAAAGGCAAAGCUGUUGUGAAGACAAUUGCCUCCAAAACCAUGUAUUUUGUUGCACAUACCUCGUGGAAAUUAUUUUAGUCAAAAUGUUAGAUUUAUCUCCAAUUCUUAAGUCUCAUCAUACUGUUGAGAGUAAUAAGGCAUUAUGUGAUGCUACUUUGGCUCACAUCAUGGAAACAGCAGGCAGCUGAGGGAAGAUGCUGGUGAUGGAAGCAAUGCUUGAAGUUUUUUAUCUUGCAAACUAUGUGGUGGGAAAAAUUAAAUCCUUAAAUUAUUUGUGAAAGCUUAGAUCUCCAUGAUUUUAGUAAGGUGUGAUAAUUUUUAUUGAAGUGACUGGUGAGAUAACUUUAGUCUUUCUAAAUACUGAGAAUAAUUGUUCCCUGGUGGUUAUACCUGAAGUGCAAAUAGGGACCAUGGUUCAUGCUGUUUAAGAUUAUGCUUUUUCCAGGUUGACAAGUCUGAUGAUUUUUUUUUACUAUCUUACUCUGAAGCCCUGUGUAUUUUCAUGGCAGGUGGGGGGAAUUCUCAGUGCAGCAAGUUGUUGUUUCCAGAAACAUUGGUCUGUCAUUUUUUUCUAGCAUUUAUGAUCAUUUUACACUUUCAGAUCAGAGCAUUGUUUUCAAAGACAAUCUGCUACAUUUUAUAAUUCCAUUAUUUUCCACAGUAUUACAGGUGAUAAUUCCACUAUGGUGUAGUAGUUAGCUUAGUAAAGGAAGAUUUUAUAAAGGACAUUUUAUAAACAGAACAUUGUGGGGUAAAAAACAGCUACCCAGUGUCGUGGAUCUUAAGUAUUCUUCUGGUACCUGGUAUGUGGUGAUACUGCAGUCAAGGCCCUUCUGAGGCUGACAGUGUCUUGUGUAUUAAGUGCUGGGCACUAUUAAGGUACCCCAGAGUUGUUUGCAGAAAUACUUCGUGUGCCACUGAUGUUGCUGAAUUCAUGGUAGAGGUUAAGAGCUGCUUGCAAUCAUUCUCUCAUUCUUAUAUAGUACCUGAAUUUUUCUCUUCUUCAUGUGAAAACACAAUGGUUGCCAAGUUGAUAGGUAGUUCCUGAAUUUUCCGGAUGAGAUAGUGAAACAGGAAAGUAGGUUUUGUACACAGCUGGGGAGUGCACUCUUGUGCUUGGAAUUGAAAACUGGGUGUAAAGAAAAAUAGCAGCCACAUACAUGUUGCUCUUAAGCUUUGCAGUCUCUUCCAGUCUUCAAAUCCUUUUUUAUCCCUGCUGCUGGUUUCUGAUCUUGUAUGCUUCUCCUGUGGAUGCUGGUAGAGUGCUCUUUCAGCUGGCUGCACUGUUCCACCUCUCUCUUCUGGCCUCCUGCCUGGCACCCCAUCAACUCCCUCCCCAUCUCGCUUUGCAGAGGUUCUGCCAGGCCUGGAGUUCCUGACCACAGGAUGAGAUCUAUAAGUUACAUGGUGCAGAGUAGGGUCCAAGAAUCUGUUAAGCAGAUUUGAGUGUUGCAGUUUAACAUGCGGUGUUUGCAUGUAUGUUCACAGAAAAGGUAAUUCAAAUAUGGUUGUAAUUAUAGGAUGGAGAUCCCUCAUUGUUUAGUAAUAUGUUGCAUAUAGACUGCUGCUUGUUGGUUGACAGCAUGAUUUUUUUAUAUUUUUUAAUAGUUAAUAUUACUGUUUGAGGCUAGAGAAGAUCAACUGAUACCACCUUAAAGGCAAGCACCAGCCAACUUCAUGGCAAGUGUGUUAUGGUCCAAGAACAGGCCUUGGUUUAUAUCAUUUUUAUACCAACAUGUUUUGGGACUGAGUAUUCCUGGACUGACUGUACUGAAAUACUGUAGUGCUGUCCAAGCUUGGCCACCUUUUUAGUUCCCUUAUAUGAAAAGACAACUGCUGCAAUUUGUUUCCAAGUGAGAAUCUGCCUGAGUGGCAACUGGGUUUGUUCUUGUGUUUGAUGGGUUUUUUUAAGAGGUACAUCUACAAAUGUCUUAAAUAUGGGAAACUGAGUGAAAAAGCUGGUUAUAAUUACACAAUACUGAUUUUAAUAUUUCUUUUUACAUCUUUUUGUUGCUUAUGGGAUCCUGACUGUUGGAAACAUAUGUACAAGUUUGAAUUUUUUAACCAUGAUAGCAAUUUAUUUGAUAUUUUUAAGGACAACUUGAUGUUUUUAUAGUAAGAAAUUAAUCAUUUGUUAUUAAAUAUAACAGAGGAUAGUGUAGGGAAGUCAGAUUUGAAGUAGACUUUAAGCCUUUAUAGGUUUUCUGAAAAAGGAUAAGCAUCACAAAAUUCUACAAAAGAUGGUAGAUGACAUGUCCAGUAGUUAACUACAAUCACAUCUGCUAUGUUAGUAAACAGAGUGAUGCCUGAUUUAUUUUUUCACCUACUAAAGGGAUAUUUGCUCAAGUUUUGGGAGAGUACAAAUUGUGCAAUUGAAAGUGCAGCUUUUCUUAUCCUGAAAGUUAAAGCUACAUUAUUUUGUGUUUUGCUAAUUACCUAACACUUAGCUUUAUGUGACACUUUGCUCCUAAGACUUACAGGUGAUGCCUUGCAUCAUUUAAACAAAUUGUUCUGUAAAUGACUGACAUCCAGAGGUGGAUGAAUUGUCGGCAGAACAUCUGCUAAAACUCAAGCUUCCUGGUAUCCAGUGCUGAAUUUUGAACCAAGUUUUCAGAGUAUGAUUUUUCUCAUGUUUUCAUGUAGCUGAAGCUUACUGUGGGGUUACUCAUCUGUCUUUGUGGGGUUUUUCUGUGACUGAAAACAGUAACCAUAUUAUCCCUAAGACCAAACCUGCAAACAGCAUGAAUUUUACAGGCCUUACAGCAAAAUAAGAAGAUAAAACAAGUGCUACAAAGUGUCUGUUUUAAAAUGCCCAAAAUGUUUAUAACGGUAAAUAACAGUGGAAGAAAAUUACUUAAGAGUGAAGACUGGUCCUUUAUAGGCUAUUCCUGAAAGUCUGUACACAUGGAAAGACUUGUUCCUUACAUCAUCUCCCAGAGAGAGCCAGGUUACUUGUGCAGUUUGCUAAACUGUGGCAAAAAGUGCUGGUCCAAAUAAAUGACUCUGCUUUUUUAUGUAGUACUGCUUAAUAAAACAAAAGUUAAACUGCAUCAUUAGCAAGAGCUGCUGACGGUAUUUUAACAUAAAAAUUGAAACUGCUGCUACUACUAAAAUGGACUUUAAUGACUCGUAACAUUCUUCAUUUUUUUUUCUGAAAAUGUAGAGCUGGGUUUAAAGGUGAAGGAAAUAAAGGGUAUCUUUUUUUAACUUUUCUAAGCGGAACUGUUUGGGGAAUGUAAACAAAAUACAAGAGGAGAGAGAGGCUGCUGCUGAACUGCAGUUUUCCAGCCUUUGCACUCACUGUGCAGUCAAAUUGUGGAGUUAAUGGCUUUUCUCUCACUGUGCAGAUUUCAGUUGCAGAAAUGUUGAUACUUCUAUAAAGUGCAAAUACUUGUCAAUACUCAUGUAACAAGAUCUUUACAUAACAGUUCAGAGCAACAGCUUUAGUUACUAAUUAAGUCCUGUCUUGUUUUCCCCAGCAGCCAUUAGCCUGACACUUGCUAUGAUUCUUGAUUAUUACACCCAUUUUAAGCAUGUUUGGGAAUGAGUAUAGAGGGAUUUCCUUUUUUUUAAUUAUCCAUUUCUCUCAUCCCUAAUACUGACUCAGUGGUCAAUUCCUCCUUUGCACCUCUGAAAAUCCCUAUCUGCAACUUGCUGGGAUUCCCUUCUGGAUUUCUCUCCCAUUCAGGCUCUGCUGCAGUGACUAUCCUUGUUGGGACUUCAUUGCCAGAGACUGCUAUAAUGUGAAAAGAUGCCAGUUACGCUUCUGCUGUGCCUGGCACGUGAAGACUACAUGUCUUGUGAGCCACAAAAGGUUCCUGCUGAUGUGGUAAUUUGGCAGAAAUAAUGUGUAAAAGGAGUUGUGUAUUUCACUUCCCAUGUUCAUUGAAGUCUUUUCAUGUGUAUGCUGGGAUCUUGUACAAGAGUUAAAUGAAUCGCUACAGUAUUUUGGCUGAAGUGUGAAAUACUGUGAAUGAAGAAAUUGCCCAAAUCAUUCCUUGUAGCACACAGCACAUUGCUUGUAUUCAGCAUACUGCUUGCCUCUACCUUUAAAUUACAGGAAUGACUCUUAGCAAUGAGCUUAAGUUGAAUUGUACAAAAGAGUACAGGUAUCAAAAUACCUGUAAAGAAAUCUUAAUACACAAGGCAGCUCACUAAAAUUCUGAAGAUUGCAUAUGAUUUUGUUCUGGAAUGCUAAUGUUAGUAGCUUAGCCAUGACUUGUCCCAAGUGCAAUAGUAGAAAUUUUUAAUGUAAUCUUUUCUACUUGAAUACAGUCUAUAUAAAAUGUUAAAAUGUCCUAUAUUGCUGAAAGGAUACGGGAUCAAAUUUCUCAAUAAAUCUUCAGUUUAAAAAAAGUA